AUGCUCUACUCGCGCUCGACGUCCAUGAACAGCUCGCGCCGCAGGCGUGCGAGGCUGACGGCCUCCCGUCUGCGGCGCUCGAAGCUGCUGACUGAGGUGGCCAUGCGCAAGAUGAACCUGGACCCGGAGAAGACCAUGCAGAUGGAGCAGAUCUCGGAGCAACUCUCGCCCGAGGACAUCAGCUUCUUCCAGCAUAUCUUCCGCCAGAUCGACACUGACAACUCCGGGAUCAUGCUGCGGUCGGAGCUUCACGACGCGCUUACCUUGCUGGGAAUCUCCCCCAGCGACAAGGAGCUGGACGAGUACUUGCUCAUCGCAGAUGCAGAUGGUCACAAGGCUAUCGACCUUCAGGAGUGGGUCGUGCUGUGUGGAAUGCUCGUCACGCCUCCGCACGACGAAUUCGACCUCCUGGGCGCUUUUAACUGUCUGUUCCCCAAUGAGGAGGACAUCCCCGUCGUGGUCUUCCGCACCAAGAUGCAGCGAAUCCUCGAGAACGCGUACGCGCACCUGCCCGACAGCAACCAGCACGAGGUGAGCUGCUACGUGGACGACAUCAUCAGCGCGCUCGACCCGAACAACACCGAGUGCAUCGAGGUACAGGAGUGCAUCCGCUUCCUGAGCGCACCCUACCACGCCAAACCACCCCAGCCUCCCAGCCCCACCGCUGAAAACAUUGCCACCACCGAGCAAGUGAAACGCCCAGCCCUGUAA